UGAGACGAUUAAGUGAUGAGUGACAGCGCACGAGUGGUCUGUCCAGCUGGAGAGCCGCCGGGAACCAGGCUAGGAGAAUGUUCCUACUUGGAUUGGAAUUUGGCCAGAUGUAAGAUUUUAUUGACCCUUAAACUUUGGAACAAAUACCGAAUUUCCAACAUUCCAUCGCUAAUAUUCCUAGAUGCCACCACUGGGAAGGUUGUGUGCAGAAAUGGGCUCCUGGUGAUCCGCGAUGACCCAGAAGGUCUGGAAUUCCCGUGGGGACCUAAGCCCUUCAGGGAAGUCAUCGCAGGGCCCUUACUUAGGAAUAAUGGGCAGUCCCUGGAGAGCAGCAGCCUGGAGGGGUCUCACGUGGGAGUCUAUUUCUCGGCACACUGGUGCCCACCCUGCCGAAGCCUCACACGGGUGCUGGUGGAAUCCUACCGGAAGAUCAAGGAGGCCGGCCAGAAAUUUGAGAUCAUCUUCGUUAGCGCAGACAGGUCAGAAGAAUCAUUCAAACAGUACUUCAGUGAGAUGCCCUGGCUUGCUGUCCCCUACACUGAUGAGGCCCGGAGGUCGCGCCUGAACCGGCUAUAUGGAAUCCAAGGCAUCCCCACGCUCAUUGUGUUGGACCCACAGGGGGAGGUGAUCACCCGGCAGGGACGGGUGGAGGUGCUCAAUGAUGAGGACUGCAGGGAGUUUCCAUGGCACCCCAAACCCGUGCUGGAGCUCUCUGACUCCAACGCUGUGCAGCUCAACGAGGGGCCCUGCCUCGUCCUUUUUGUAGAUUCUGAGGAUGAUGGAGAAUCCGAAGCAGCCAAACAACUGAUUCAGCCAAUAGCUGAGAAGAUCAUCGCCAAGUACAAAGCCAAAGAGGAGGAGGCACCACUUCUAUUCUUCGUGGCUGGGGAGGAUGACAUGACUGACUCCCUGCGAGAUUACACCAACCUGCCUGAAGCUGCCCCUUUGCUCACCAUUCUGGACAUGUCAGCCCGGGCCAAGUAUGUGAUGGACGUGGAGGAGAUCACCCCUGCCAUUGUGGAGGCCUUUGUGAAUGACUUCCUAGCAGAAAAGCUCAAGCCAGAGCCCAUCUAGUGGGGCUCCAGCCUCUUGAGACCUUAUUUAAGACUCAUUCUCCUCCUCCUCCCCUUCUUCCCCUCUGCCCUUGGACUUUUCCAGCAGGUCCUAAAUCACACAACCCAAAUUUCCAACCUCUCUGUGGUGCCUUGUUUCUGCAUUAACUCCUCACUAGCACCCAAGGGUGCACAUCCUCACAGCAGCAGCAGAAUCUGUCAUAUUUGGAGAUUCUGCCUGGCAUUCACAGGGAUGGCAUAACCGGGCCAGAACUGGGACUGCAGCACUCUCUCCAGGUCACUAGCUCUUGGUGAAGGAUUGUUCAGGGUAUUCUGCACAAUAAGCAUGCAGAGACAUCGAAUUGGGGUUCUGGCUCUGGAGUCAGCACGCACACAAAACAGCCAGAAGGGAGCUGCUCCACAUGCACACGCACAUGCUGGUGGAGCAGAGAAAGGGCGUGGCCUCAGCAGACAUCAGCUCAGAGCUGUUGGGGAGAGUAUCCUUUUAUAGGGGACGUAGAUAUAGUCUUUCUUGGUCUGAGGGAGAAACAGCAGUUUAUCAGUGGGUUCUUGGGCAGGGGACUCCCAAAUCUAAAACGAAGUGUGUGGGGUUUUUUUGGUGAGAAAACAAGUAGCUAAGGUAAUGAUUCAUAUAAUUGCUUAGUUUUAUUGAGCUCCUACCAUAUGAUUAGAGUUUUGCAUUCCUUCCUUUUAUCUCUUUCUUCCUUGGUCUUGACCUUCUCCAGGUUUUUGCCUGCUCAUACAGACAGCUUCUACUCUCUGGGAAUUUUGUUCUUGAAUUCUUCUCCUUGAUAUCUUUCCAAGAAACUUGGCUCUGAGUUCUUAGAGGAGCCAUGCUCAGCUGCACAGAUCUGUGGCCCAGCUCUGUGCCUGAGGCCACUGGAUCUUUGCUGAGGCAUCUGCAUCCUUUUCAGUUUCCCCUGUCACUCCCUUUUCUUUUCAAAGCAGAACUGAAAAGCAAGAAUUUACUAGAAAUCUAGCUUGUCUUUAAGAAUCUUCAGAAGAAGCUGUGUUCUCAGGCAGGAGGGAGGACAGAGGGCGUGUCAGCUAAAAGUAGGCCGUGGGUACCCUUUGCUACCCUUUGCUAGGACUAGGUAACUUGCCCUUUUGUUUGAGUGGAACUGGCCACAAAAGGGGAAACAUUUAGGGUGAGAGACUUUGGCCCAGAGAUUCACAGGGGUUUAGCCUAUCUCAGUCAGGUGUCAGAGCCUUUAAACAGUCCAAGGCCUUACCCUUGACUCAACUCUGCCAUCUGCCAACCAAAACAAUUUAUUUGGAAAACCCCACAACCCACCCAUAAGCUGUUGACAGUGUUCCUUGCUAAAUUGGAUUGUUUAUUUGUAUAGUUCAGAGGUACAAAAUUAGUUGGUGAUUAGACUAUUUGAUGUUGCCAGCCUGAAAUGCAAUCACCUAGUAAGAAAUAAAGCAGGCAUCUCUGGACAUUACCAUCUAGUGGCCUUCCCUGUUCUUAAUAAUAAAAAUAUUUUUCACUUGAGUGCUCUAUUAGAGGGUGGGCAGUGGAAGGAAAGGCAUAGAGAACCUCUAGUAGCCAUGUUCCAGAAUUUUCUAAAAUCCCAAGAGGUCAGUGGUAGAGGACUUGACUAGCAUGUGCAAGAAGGCCCUGGGUUUGAUUCCUGGUACUGAGGGGGAUAAGAAAAAAAAACCCAAGAAGAUGGCCAUCUGUCAAAUCAUCUUGGUUUCCAGAAGCCAGAAAGCUGAUUUUGAUUAGAGUGCCAGAGACAGAUGCCUCCAGGAGCUCAGGUCACCAUCCCUUUGGCUUGGUACUUGCUCCAAGGUGAAUCCCUAGAUUAUAGACAUUGUUAUGGACAUUCCCCGCUCUUGAGAUUGCGGGUUGGGAAAACACAAGGACUCCUGCAGGGGUCUCCCUGUGAAGAAUAGGGUAAGAGUUGGGGCUGCCCAAGUCUAGCUCUGUCCUAAGGCUAGAGGCCUCUCUAGAAAUUCUACCAUUGUCCCUUAGAGGGUGAGGCAGAUGAGGGUACAAGAUUAGGCUCUCCCUUGGAAGAUGUAUAGAAUUUGUGUCCCUGCCCUAGGUCAUGACUGCCUUGGAGGAAAGGAGACCCUCUUUGAAGCUGCUUUUUUUGUGAGGACAGAAGGAACAGAGUCCAGUGAGGAGUUGCUGUCAUUGCAACAGAAAAAUUGGUCAUCUGUGUUACUUUAGUGGCCUGUAUUGGGCUGACUUUUCUGAAGUACUAACUACUAAUGUCAUCCAGAUCCCUGUCACCAGAAUUCCCCUUUUAGAGCACAUGUGUAGUUUAGUUAAGCUCAGUGGGAAGGUUUAUUAAAAAGGUUUAGGUCUAUACCAUGGCUACAUUGGAGGAAAAUAUUAGGGAAGACUCACUUCACGGUGCCAAUGAAAAAUUCCCUUCUCCAUGGUGCAGGAGAUCCUAAAGGUCAUUGAUGCAGACAAAUGGCAGCGGGAUAAUUCUCACCAAGCAGCUCCAUGAUACCUUAUAAGUCUCAUUGCUAAUUGGAAGCAGGUUAAACACCCCAGCUGUGACAUAUGCAAGGAGAACCAUGUCCUGCCGGUUGAGACAGGAAGGUGGCUAUAGAAAUGCCACCCUGGAGUUCCCAGAUUUGUGUUCACAACAGUGACCUCCAGUUGCCAUUCUCACAAUAGAGAUGAGAUUUUUUUUUUUUUAACUGUCUUCCUACAUUAAAGAUCUGUUUAAGGAAAUGGGGUGUAUUGGGAUUGGUAUGUACACUGGGCAGAGGAAACCAGCUUCCUUUUCAGGAGUCAGGUGGUAUUGUGCUACUAACCCCCCCACACCCCCAACACACACACACACACAUGUCCUUGAAAUCAAUGGCUAGCAUUUAUUCCGGCUUCGGGAGCCAGUGCUAUUUUCUUGGCAUCGGACAAGCUUCAAGUGGUAAUUUUCAGCCAGACUUUGUUUUUCUCUAUUGCCUAAUUAAAGACACUAAAAAGCUGUUCCCCACUCCUCCUGCCCUUCUGCAGGGCAGCAAACUGAAUUCAGCAAUGAAACAGCAGGAUGUGGCCUGGGGACAGGCUGGCAGUACUAUGUGGUGUUGUACUAUUUAGCUAGAAAGAAAACCAUGGACAUGUGAAGUCACAGGCAGAAAUGCUGCACACAAGAAAUUAUAGCAUUGGGAGGGGCCUCAGUGAGCAUGAGGUCCUGCCCUACCCAGUCACUAGGGAGGGACACACAUUCUGUACACAAUGCUAUUUCUCUGGCCAGCCUGGGCAGGCCCGUGCUUCAGGAUAGUUCGAGAGUGCAACUGUUUUAUAGAUCUUGGGGUAGCAAUGCUCACAGGCUACAGAGAUUCAGGAGUGCCCCCAGAAGUUCCUCUAAGAAAGACUGCCUUGGGAACUAGGAACUGACCUAGGGACCCCAAGCCUAGGCAGACUUUCAAGGCUGCCCCAAAACAAUUGUGCUGAAGUAAUCACCUCGCCAACAUCCCUCUUCCCAAUGCCAACAGGGACAAGAGAGUGACAAGAAUGUGUCCUUUCCUUCAAGUAGGUUGCUGAAGGGAAAAUUUGGGGAGGGUGGGGAGCAAGUAGCUGUGGAUGGGAGCUUUGUUAUUAGUGUCACUGGCCUCAGCAUGUGUGGUGUGAGCUUGUGUUUCCAGAAAACAAAAGGCUAUAUGUAAAAUUUUA